UAGACUAGUUAGCAUGUACUUGUGUAGAAGACGACCAUCAGGUUCAAAAAAUAAAAUCUUCCUUUAUCAUAUCCCUGGUCCAACUGUCUUGAAGAGUGAAGCGGUCGAUGAAAAACACUGAUUGCUAGGUCUAUGGAUGAAGAACCGUUAUAUCUUUCCACCCAUCAAGAAGAACUGCACAGUCAAGUUCUAAAUGGAGCCCAUGAAGUCCAUCCAGCUGAUUCUCGCCCUCAUGCAGACAGUCAAGUACCAGUGAUCACUAUAGAAGAUAGAGAAACUCACAACUCUUCAACAGAAAGUCUGCUUACUUAUGAAAACAUUCCUACAAAUGGAGUUCAUCCACCCUCUUCACAAUCCAACGGACCUUCUAAUGGUGGUAGCUCAAUAUUAAUAGAGGCAGCUGCUCCAAGGCCAAGGGUUCAGUCGACUCUGGAUGUAUUUCGCCCACCCCCUGUCCUACCGAACCUUGCCCUCCAGGCUCUUCAGCGACUGAACGAAGAGAAGGGGGCGGCGUCUAAUAAUCUGGAGGAAGACGAGUUCAAACCAACCAAGAAGCGGCGUCUCGAAGAGGCAGCAACUGAGGAUGAGGGACAACAAUGUUCCAUUUGCUUCGAGCUAUGGUCAAAUUCUGGCGGCCAUCGAAUCUCCUCCUUGAAGUGUGGGCACCUGUUUGGUCAAAAUUGCAUAGAGAAAUGGCUGCUGAAUUGCCCCAAGUGCCCUCAGUGCAAUGCCAAGUCUAAGCGUAGUGACAUCAGGGUCAUAUACGCAAAGGCCAUCUCAGCUGUGGACACGACUGAGCGAGACAGGGCCCUGCUGGACUUGGAAAACGAGAAAAACGCUCGAAUAUCGACACAAAAGGCGGAGGCUCAAGCUAUUCUUCAGUACCAGCUAGUACGGGCAGAGUGUGAUCGUUUAAAGCUGGAGAUUAAGUCGCUGAAGGAACAGUUGGAGAAUUUCUCAAGUGCUGCGAAGUGUGAGACGAGUGGAGGGAGUAAAGACGUUGAGAUUGUGGGCAUAUCACAUGACAAACAGGGACAAUAUGAACUCUACAAAAGCAUCAGCAUUUCACAGAGUGGCAACUGUCGAGUACUAGGUUACGACCCUCACCGGCAAAUGUUAGUGGCUACCAAACCCUCCAACAACGUCCUCUUCCCCGGAUACGGACUCAUGAAGAUGAGUACAGUUGACCUGCAGCAUUCCUCGUACGUUCCCAUUCACUCUUCCACUGGGGCCAUUCGUGACGUGGCGUUCAGUCCGAGGGGGGACGGGAUGGUCCUCACUGCCUCCGCUGACAAGACUGCCAAACUGACCAGCAUGCAGUCCAACAGUGUCGUACAGAGUUUCCAAACUUCACAUCCGGUGUGGGCAUGUGCGUGGGACCAAGAUCACACCCACCUCCUCUAUUGUGGCCUGCAGAAUGGCGUGGUAAAGGUGUUCGACACUCGUAACACAACAAGUCAUGUGACAGAGCUCAAGAAACCGACUGGUGGAGCUUGUCCCCCCAUCACCUCUCUGGCUUAUGUGCCUCUGUGUAGAGCUGGCAGUUUAAGCUCCAGUGGUCUACUCAUGGGCACUCUGGGUGGCAGUGCAUUCUGGGAGAAGACCUCUCAAGAUAACAACUUCACGCACCACCCUCUCUCGUCACUACCUGAAGGAGCUUGUACCUGUAUGUCCUUUGACCCCAUCACUCGUCACUGCCUCUCCUCAUUCAGACCCGGCCGUGGAACACCCUACACCCGCCAUAUUUUGUUUCAGCUGACGAAAGACUGUGUCGAGAACAAGGUGUCCUGUAAGGCAGCUAACGAGUUCAAGGGAGGCUACACUCACAAGCUGCUCUCACGCUCCAGACUCUUUGAGAGGCCCUCCCACGAUGGACGACUACUGGCAGCCUUCGGAAAUGAGGCCGCUAAAUCAGCUCAAAUCUGGGAUGUUAGCUCCAGUCGCAAAUUGCAGCAGCUCUCACUUAUGAAAGACCCUGCAAUAGACAUUCUACCAUUCAAUGAACACAACUUUCUUAGCGUGCUCACUGAGUCGAAACUAUUUGUGUAUAAAUGGACUUGGAAAUCAUAAACUCUAUCACCUUUUAUUGUUUGUUGUUGCUAGUUUACUGUAGGUAAAAAUAUUAAUGUCUAUAUUCACUUGAA